AUGGCAUCCUACCUAUCUUCAUAUUUCAGUGGUGGCACAUCUAGCACUCCUGCACCACAAUACGGACAAUACCAACCACAAUAUCAGCAAUAUCAGCAGAACCCUCAGCAGGCACAGCCAGGCGCGACAUGGUCCAGCACCUUUUCCUCUAGAAUAGGUGCGAUCAAGAAGGUCCUUGCUAGGGACAAUGAAGAGGACGAUCCAGACAACGAAGACUGCUCCCACGUUUCCAAUGUGCUACGAGCCUACUACACCGAGAAAGGCAGACCUUUUCCCGAAUGGCUGCCGCCUGACCCGAGAAAGCCCGUUAUGACACCAGCAGUUCAGCAGCCACAACAUUCUCAGUACGGAAACAUGUAUCCUAGUCAAUAUGGAAACUCAGGUGGUCUGCCACAUAGUCGUGGAAAUUCAGGCGGAAGAGGUGGUGGUCUGAGUGACUUAUGGGACCCAAGUCCUGUUCAAGCUCAGCCACAAGCCCAAGUACAGAGUUUGCGAGCUCCUCGACCAAACGCAGCAGCUCUGAAGUCGUUCGAUUCCUCUUCGUCUCGUCAAAGCGAACAAGAUCCUUAUGCAACACAAGCACGACCACUGCCAAGUCAAAGAGUUGGGAGUUAUCAGAAUAUACAACCAGCGCCUGCCGCGACUCCUGCCUCAACAGGAAAUCCGAGAGAUCGUCUCCGGGCUAGAUUGCAGGGAAGCGGCAGUGGAAGAAGUAGUCCGGCCACUGGCCCCCAGAGCUCUUAUAAUGGAGGUGGACCGAACUUAUCAGCUUCACAACCGUGGUCAAACGAUAGUAAUUCGUAUGACGCACACUCUUCCGGACUUGGUAAUCCGGCAUAUCAACAACGGCCUGGAAAUUAUCGCUAG